AUGAUAUUUAAUAGCAAGACGCUCAUAAACCCUUUUAAUUAGCGUCCUGCACCUUAGAGUCAUAGAUAGAGCUCUGGAAGCCCAAAAAGAAGUAGUAGCAAUAAAAGAGACGCAAUAAAUAAAAGUAAUUAUAGAGUCUCCAAUUCAAUGAAUUUAUAAAGCGGAGAAGAUUUUUAUGAUGAUUAGCAAUACUACACACCAAAAGUAGAGAAGACAUAAAAAAAGAAAAUAUCUUCCGUAUCAGGAUCUCCUGCUUCUAAAACCACAUCAAAAAAAGGAAAGAAAAAAUCUAAAGACAAAAAUGAUACAGCUAGAUAUCUCCCUUCAAUAGAAAGUUAAUAAGUAUAGAAGUUAGCAGAAAAUUUAAUGGAUCAGGAAUAGCAAACUAUUUUUUCUUCUCCUUAAAAAGAAAAUUUGUAUCUCUAAAGAAUUAAGCUUUAAGAAGAGUAUAAUGUAUUGCAAGAAGAUAAUAUAAAAGCAAAAACAAGGGUAUAAGCGUUGGAAACUAAUAUGUAGCUUAUGGCAAAGAGACUAUCUGAGCUUAAAGAAUAACAAAAGGCAGAAAUGCAAUCUUCUACAUAUUCUAAUAAAUAAAAGCAAUAAAGUAUCUCUGGAAGAAGUGAUUCUAAAGAUAAGCCAAAAUAAGAAGAACAUAUAUAAUCUAUGAAAGAAAUGAAGAGUAGCUUAAAAGUUACGUAAGAAGAAGGAAUGUAUAAAGAAGAUUAAAUUGAGAAUAUAAAAAAUGUACUAAAGCAUACUGAAAUUGGUGUUUUAGAGGAUCAAAGGAUGGCUUUUUUUGAAAGUGUUAUCUCUUUAAGAUAAAAUUUAGAUAAAACUUUACUGCAUAAUAAGCUAGCUUAGUUAAUAAAGGACAAAAAUUUAGAUGGAGUUGAAAAAGUAUUUAGUGAGAGAACUCAUAUUUUAUAGUAAGAUAAAUAAAACCUUGCAGAAUAGUAUUAAAAGUUGUGGAACUACAACUAGUAAUGGAUAUAAAAAAUAGAAUCUAAGUAGUUAGAAAGACAUGAGUUAAAGGUAAAAGUUAAGAAGGUAAAUGAUGAUUUAGACAAAGCUAAAAAAGAUUACCAAAAGCUAUUAUAUAAUCGUAAGGAAGGAAUUUAAUCAGCUCCAAAAGCUUUAGCUAAAUUAGUUUAGAAACAUUAAGAAGAUAAUAGAAUAAAAGAUUUGUAAGCAGAGCAUGAAGCACUCUUACAUAUUGUUUAGGACAAACAACAGCAAUUAUCAAUGAAAGAAGACGAACAGCUAAGGUAUGAAAGAAAGUCAAAAGAAGAACUUGGAGAGGUCAAAGUUGUCAAUAGUGAUUUAAGAGAGAAAAUCUUAGAGCUUAGAAGAUAGAAUGAUGAAUUAUUUAAGGAAAUCAGAGUUAAAACAUAAAAAAUUAUUGAAGCUCCUGAAUUCGAAAUAACUAAAAAGAGAAGGAGCAUGAUGAUUGGAGUAAACCAAGAAGAUACUAUUCUUAAUUCAACGAGAUAAAUUAGAAGACUAUCAGAUUUACUUAAGCAUGACGAUAACUUAGAGGGAUUUGAGUUUUCCUCUAUGAACAAAGCUGAAUAAAUUGCUCGUUUGAAUAUAUACAAGUUAGAAAUAAAUAAGCAACAUGAAAAAAUAUAAGGUAUUAUUAGAGGAGACAAAGAUGGGCUUAAAGAAAAUUCUCUUUCUGAGAAUCCUCCUAUUGAUAAACUAAGUAAAACACCUGCUUAGCCUUUAACGCAAAAUGAAAUAUAAAACAAAACAGUUCUUAAUGACAAUUUGGAAGACCUUCCACUAAACAACAGAAAAAGAAAUUCUCAAAAGGUGCUAGAGAAUUUAGCAAUAAAAAGUCCCCAAGCUGAUAGAUUGCAUAGUGAAUUAAUUAAGAAGGAAUAAGAAAAUUAAUAUAAUAAAAAGCAAGCUGAUUUGCUCAAUUCGAAAAAAGAAGAAGACCUUCUAAAACUUAAAGAGUUAGAGUUGCUUGAAUAAUAAAAAAACCUAUUAUUGCAAAAGUAAAUAGAAAUAGACAAGUUAGAAGAAUUAAAGAAAUAACAUCAUGAAAAGGAGAUGAGGGAAAAGCUAGCUUAAUAAUAAGCAAUAUUAUAAAAAUAAAAAACAGACGAAGAAAGAAAAUUAGAGAAACUUAUUAAAAAUGAUAAGAAUGCUGAGCACAAAAAUAUGGUAAAUUCUGAAAUGGCUUAAAAUGACAAUUAGUAAUAUAAGCCAAUUGAUCCUAACUCAAAUAAAGAAAAUAAAGCUCUUCAAACAAAAAGACUUUCUGUAUUAAGCUAAGAUUAAUGGAAAUAAAUAUAGAAGCAUAUUGAAUAACAAGUAGAAAUGGGAGAUAAAAAUUAGGCAGAGAAAAUAAUCUCUUAAACUGUUUAAUCAAUUACUGAACCUAAUGUAACAGAUGGUGAUUAGUUUGAAGUUGAAUAUGUAAAUAAUCCUAAGCAUUAUGUAGAUUCCAUAAUUACUAAAUUUGAUUAUGAAGAAGAGAAGAAAAAGUAUCUCCAACUCAUUUAAGAUAAAAAUUACAAAGAAUUUCCAAAUGCAGCUUUAAAAAAUAGACACCUUGAUUAAAAUGUCACAUAGAAUUAAAUUGAUUUUUUAGAAAAUGCACUCAAUUUUGACUUUGUCUAAUUUAGUGGAGAUAUCAAACAAAAAAGAGCUGAGAAGUCUCUUAAUAAUUAAAAGUAUUUAAUGUCAGGCCAGCCAUUUUCAGAUUAAAUAAUCCUAUAAAGUUAGGAAUUUGAUUUUAGUCACUUUAUGAAUAGUGAGGAUUUAACAAGAAAUUGUGAAGAGCAUUACUCAAAAAAGAAUAUUUUAGGAAAUAUAAACUUUUUACUUUAAAACGAAGCAUUUAUUAAAUUAUUUACCAAGAACUUUUUGGUUAUGUAAGUGCUGAAUAAAGAUUAAUUUAAAAUAGGAGAAAAAAUUUCCUCAUAUUCUUAAGAAUCUAAGGCUUUCAAGGGUUUGAUCAACUAGAGUUAACAAUAGGUGAGCAUUUUAAAAAUAGAAGUAAAUAAAAAAGAGGACUUGGUGAUGUACUCUUAAGAUAUAUCAACCAUAACAUAAAUGAAAAAUCCUUUUAUAUUACAUCCUAUAGCUUCAUUUAUAGAAAGUAAUAACUCAACAGACUCUGCAACAUACUACAGAGUAUAUCCACCUUUUAAAUAAUCACUUAAAGACUACUUUACAAAAAGUUUAUCUAAAUUAAAUUAUGAAAAUAAGCUGAUGAUUUCUCUAUAAAUUUGCAUGGGAGUCUUUGCUAUUCACUGUAAAAAUGUAGUGAUUGGUGGUUAAAUAGAUUUGGAAAAUAUAAUCAUACAAGAAGGAGAAAAGAAUGUUUAAUUAAUUAAAUUCAUUUAAAUUUUUUCUCCUGUUUAAGUAACAGAAAAUGAAAAUUAAAAUUAAAACUAAAACUAAAACUAUUUUAGAUCUCCUGAAGCAGUCUAUAACAGAAUGCUUGAAUUUAGGAGUGACGUAUAUUCAUUAGGUCUCCUACUUUAUAAAAUAUUCACAAACACAGAUUCUACUGAUAAAAAUAAAAUUUUAAGUGACCCAAAAGUACCUGCUUCAAUAUCUAAAGUUUUACCUUUAUGUUUGUAAGAAAAUUACAGAGACAGAAUUAGUUCAGCCGGUUUAUCUAUUUAUUUAUAAUAUUUGCUUUUCUAAGAAAAUCCUGAAGUAGUAAAUAAAGUUAUUUUCAAUCCUCUAAAUAAUUUUGAUACAAAUGAUGGACUUUUUGCUGAUUCAUUUAAAAUACUUCCUUAUGAAAAUUCGAAAGCUGUACCUUUAUAAGAUAGAGGGUUUGUCUAUCUAGAAAAUGGUUGCUAUUAUGGAACCCUUAACAAAAAUAAACAAUUUAAUUGCGAAAAAUCUUACAUUUUCUAAUACGACCCAAUAAAUAAAGUUGUCUGUGCUUUCAUUUCGAACUUCCAAAAUAAUCUCUAUCAGUUUUCAUUUUCUUUCAACACAAAAUUAGAAACUCUGAACAUAUAUCAAAGAGAAAAAGAUAAAAUAUGGUUCGCUGAUUCAAAUUCUUAAGAGUUGCUUGAAACGAAAAGUUAUAAAGGAUUCACACUGAUUCCAGAUGAGUUAUAAAUAAAUUUCAUUGAUUUUGUGAUUUAAAAAAAAUUCAAGCUUCUUGAUGAUGCAGGAAGCCUUAUAAUUGGUGAAUAUGGAUAAAAUGGAUUAAAUGGAAUAGGAUGUAAACUAAAUUAAAGAUCUAAGCAUAUUUAAAUUGGAAUAUAUGAGCAUAAUCAUUUUAAUAGUGAUGGUAUUCAUUAUCAUUAGAGUAGAAUAUAUAACUACAUGCCUUAAAAAGAUUAUAAGUUAAAAGACAGAGGUAUGUGUGAAUAUUCGAACGCCUUACAAAUAGGCCCAUUAAAAUAACCAAAGUAUGCUCCUUCAAUUUUCUUGAAAUAUACAGAUAAUAAAGAAGUAUAAGCUAAAGUAAUUAGAAAUACAGUUGCUUUUAGGAUUGAAUACAUUCUAAUGAACGAAUUAGUAGUAAUAUGCAUGUAAAACUAAAAAGUAGAUGACCCAUCUUCAGAAAGAAUAUUAGUAGUAACAAAUAAAGAUUUACAAUUGCAUUCAUUCUUGCCUGCUUCUAACACCGCACAAAUUUCAGAUAUGCAUUUACAGCUUGGUUAUCUAGGAAUAGCUGUUAGUAUAGAUAGAGAUGAAGUUUAUAUUGGGCAUUUUGCAUAAAAUAGUAAAGAAAUGGAUAAAAACAACCUUUUCAUCAACUAAGGAUACUUCUUAACUGUAGAUGAAAUAAAAAAAGUAUCAUGUGUAGAAAUUAAAAAGAUAAUAAACAAUAUAACAAUAAUGUGA